UUUUCUACUCUAGCAAACGACGAGCUUCCUUUUCCCUUUCCUCUCCGUUUCCUUAGCUCGCACGUAGAGACAUUGAUACCUCCUUCCUUCUUAAAGCCCGCGCUCUAAAGGGAGGCUGGACACGUGGCAUAUCGGGAAUCGGCUUUCAAUCGCCGGCGAAGAAGACGAAGACGAAGAUGAAGAUCAACGUCAAUAAAAUCGCUCGGAAAGUUGAGGUCGAUAAUCGGAUUCCUCUCCGUUACUAUUACAGGAUCGCCGAUAAUCUCCUCAGACAGGCGACUAUACACAGGGAGGAGAAGAAUAUUGUAGAUUUGUAUAUAAUACUUCUUAGGUUUUCUAGUUUGGUGUCUGAAACUAUUCCAUUUCACCGAGAUUAUCUGGUUUUGCAUUCAAAGGAAAGGGUAACUUAUAGGAAGAGAUUGUUAGCUGUAUUAGAUGAGCUUGAAGCUUUGAAGCCAGAAUUCCAACGCCAAGUGCAGGAGCUGAACAAAGCUUAUGCAAGAAGUCAACUCCAUAAACUUGAUGCCCCAGAGAGGACUUUGUAUGGUUCUGAGCCAUCUUCUUCGGAAAGCCCUUCUGUUACCAAAAUUUCUCAUUCAAGCAUCAAUGUUAAGCGGCCCUCUGGUGUGGCCUCUCAGUCUUGUCGAAAUUAUGAUAACAACCAUACUCAAGCUUCAUCUUCAAACUCUUCAGAAAUUGACAAGCAGUUGCACAAGCUGUCUAUCAGUUUACCGCUUCCCAAGCAAGAGACUUUGUCUAGACACUCAUUCUUAGGCCCUAAUGGUCUUCAGGGCCAAUGGCAAGGGCCUAGCACAGAGAUAAAGGUUCAGUAUCCGAGUUAUACCGACUUAACCUCUGCUGAAGAUUCAAACCUGGAUCAGGCUGGACAAUAUGGUAGUGGAGCCAUGAAAGAUGGUGAUUCUGGGGGGCUGGGCUCUACAAUGGAAUCAGUGCUCUCCUUAGAUGAUGGAAGAUGGUCAAGUAAAACAGAAGAGUUAUGCCCUGCACGAGUUAAUGAGGCAAGGGAUGAUCCUUUUCAGUUUGUUGGUAUUAGGCAACCGCUUCCACCACCUGUUCUUGCUCAAGUGCAGGACAUCUCUCCUAUUCCUCCAUCUAAAGUUGCAGAUCCAAGACCUGGACCGGCAAAACCUUCUCAGGAUGGAAUUCCAAGCUCAAAUUCAUAUCAACAUUUACAUGUUCCUGUGAAUUUGAUGGAAGACUUCUUGAGAUUAGCCAGUGCAAACACACAGAAAAAUUUGGAAACAUGUGGCAUUCUUGCUGGUUCUCUGAGAAACAGGGUGUUUCACAUCACCACACUUAUAAUCCCAAAACAAGAGUCAACUUCAGAUUUGUGUCAGACAUUGAAUGAAGAAGAAAUAUUUGAAGUUCAAGACAGACUGUCACUUUUCCCUCUUGGGUGGAUUCAUACACACCCAUCACAGACAUGUUUUAUGUCGUCUGUUGAUCUGCACACUCAUUACUCAUAUCAGAUCAUGUUACCUGAAGCAAUUGCAAUUGUCAUGGCCCCAACUGAUACAUCAAGCCCACAUGGUAUAUUUCACCUGUCUGAUCCAAGUGGUGUCUCUGUAAUUCGGAAUUGCCAGCAGCGAGGUUUUCAUCCCCACGAGGAACCUUUGGAUGGAAGCCCAAUUUAUGAACACUGUUCCCAUGUCUACAUGAAUUCAAAAUUGAAGUUUGAUAUUGUUGAUCUUCGUUAAUCUUGGAAUUUUUUUUAGCAAGAUCUUUUGAAGAAAGUAAUUUUCGCCCAGUAUAUAUCACUUCAUAUUGUAAAUCAGCGGAUUUUCCGAAUAGGAAUUUGUGAGAAUGUAGCAUUUUCUAUUCUUUUUUU